CAGCUGCUCAAAGGGACGGGGGUCCGAGCACACAGCGGCCCGUGGGCUUCAGGCUGCCGCUCCCAGCUUGGCUCUGGCUGCCGCCUCCGGGAAGCCCGCCCUGCCUGCCCAGCUCUUGCAGCCAGGUUCUGUCGUGGUGGCUCCUGCUGGGUGGGUGCGUGAGGACGGUGCUUCCCAGGUGGGUGGGGGCCCCCUGCCGCCACUGCCCCCAGGCCUGGCAGAGGAGCUGCACCCCGCAUCUGUGUUGAGAGGAGCCAGAGCCCAUACUGCAGACAGGGUGCAGUGCCGCGGGCGAGGAGCAUGGGGGCCCCGCGGCAGCCGGCGCGGACGGUGCUGUUCGCGGGGGAGCGGAGCGGCCUGACGUACCGCGUGCCCGCGCUGCUGCCCGUGCCCCCCGGGCCCACCCUGCUGGCCUUCGCCGAGCAGCGCCUGAGCCCCGACGACGCGCACGCGCACCGCCUGGUCCUGCGGAGGGGCGCCCUGGCGGGGGGCUCCGUGCGGUGGGACGGCGCGCGCGUGCUGGCCUCGGCCGCCCUGGCCGGGCACCGCUCCAUGAACCCCUGCCCCGUGCACGACGCGCGCACCGGCGCCGUCUUCCUCCUCUUCAUCGCGGUGCGCGGCCGCACCCCGGAGGCCCUGCAGCUCGCCACCGGCCGGAACGCCGCGCGCCUCUGCUGCGUGACCAGCCGCGACGCCGGCCUCACCUGGGACAGCGCCCGCGACCUCACCGAGGAGGCGGUGGGCGCCGCCGAGCAGGACUGGGCCACGUUCGCUGUGGGCCCGGGCCACGGCGUGCAGCUGCGCUCGGGCCGGCUCCUGGUGCCCGCCUACGCCUACCACGUGGACCGGCGGGAGUGCUUCGGGCGGCUCUGCAGGACCACCCCCCAUGCCUUCGCCUUCUACAGUGAUGACCACGGCCACAGCUGGUGCCACGGGGGUCUCGUGCCGGGCCCGCGUUCGGGCGAGUGCCAGCUGGCCGAGGUGGAGGACGGGCAGGGCGGCCGCAUCCUCUACUGCAAUGCCCGCAGCCCCCUGGGCAGCCGCGUGCAGGUGCUCAGUGCCGACGAGGGUGCCACCUUCCUGCCGGGCCAGCUCGUCCCCGCCCUGGCUGAGACGGCCCAGGGCUGCCAGGGCAGCAUCCUGGGCUUCCUGGCUCCUCCCUCCAGCCCGCCAGGGUGCACCCCACAGCACCCCCGAGAGUGUCCCGGAGUCCAGGAGCCUCCAGAGGAGGGCCCUGGGAACGCCUGUGGGGUCGGGGUGCCCAGCCUGCGGCCUGGGCCCAGUGGGGACAUGGGGCCCUCGACGGCCCCAGCUGCCACAUCUCCGAGCCCCACGUGGCUGUUGUACUCCCACCCAACGGGGCGCAGGGCUCGGCUGCACCUGGGCAUCUACCUGAGCAGGGCCCCCCUGGACCCCCACAGCUGGACGGAGCCCUGGGUGAUCCACCAGGGGCCCAGCGGCUACUCUGACCUGGCGUCCAUCGCGGCCCUGCCCGCGGGAGCCCUGGCCUUCGCCUGCCUCUAUGAAAGCGGGACCAGGGUCUCCUACGAGGAGGUCUCCUUCAGCGUCUUCUCCCUGCGUGACGUGCUACAGAGUGUCUCCCCGGGGCCUGGGUCGCUUUGCCACCACAGGGACAAGGCUGGGGGGCACUGCCUGCCCUCCUGACGACCCCAGGCUCCCCAGGACGGGGCCAGCCGCGGACCCCGGCAGUGACCGACGCCCCCUCUGCCUGCCCCCCGCAGGCUGACGACCCGCCCCCAGCGCUGCGCAGCCAGGCACCCUUUGUCCCCGGGGUGGGGGGGGGGUCGCCUUUAACUCUCGCUCUACUCACUAUUUUUUGCUUUGUGACUGAGAAAUAAAGGGACCACGCGGCCG